AUGCCAAAACCCGACACCGUCCAGGCCGACGCGCGGCGCUUCCUCGACGAGCGCGGCAGCAACGUCGGCCUCGCGCCCAACGGGCUGAACCCCGCCAACAUCAUGGAGAAGGCCGUCAAGGACCGCAUCGCCGACAGCUACUUCUACAAGGAGCAGUGCUUCGCCCUCAACGAGGCCGACAUCGUCGACCGCGUCGUCGAGCACGUGCGCUUCAUCGGCGGCACCUCCGGCGCCGCCCAGCGACCCAGCCCCUUCCUGUGCCUCGCCUUCAAGCUGCUCGAGCUCGCGCCGUCGGACGAGGUGCUGGCAGAGUACCUGGCCUACGGCGGCGACCACUUCAAGUACCUGCGCGCGCUCGCGUGCUUCUAUCUGCGGCUGACGCGCCGCGCGGAGGACGUGUACCGCGCGCUGGAGCCGUACCUGGCGGAUCGCAGGAAGCUGCGGAGACGCGGGCGCGAGGCGGUGGUGCUGACGUACGUGGAUGAGUUUGUGGAUGAUUUGCUGACCAAGGACCGCGUGUGCGCGACGAGUCUGUGGAAGAUGCCGAAGCGUGAGACGCUCGAGGACCUGGAGGUGCUGGAGCCCCGCGCCAAUCUGCUCGGCGACGACAUUGAUGAGGAGGAGGAGGAGGAAGAGGGUAGCAGAAGCCAGAGCCAAAGUCCUUGA